CAACAUCUUUUUUCUCACAAAUCUUUGUUCUGUUUCACAAAAAUACUUACUAACUUCCAAUGUCAUCACUCUCAUCUUCAUAUCACUUUAUUUUCUUUGCCUUACAAGUUUUAAAUUGCAUAACAAUUGCAUUGUAAAAGGUUUUGAGAUUUCUGCAACCGUUAUGUUUCAACCAUAUCUAUUAGAUUACAAUAUUAGUUUAACUAACUAGUGUGACUUAUAUUAUAUUUAAUGGUAUAGUUUCAUUUUCCGCAUUAUAAAAAUUUGCAACGUUACUCUAAUUACAACCGCAAUUUAAAACCAUUCUCAGCCACUUUAUCCAACUACAACUUCCACUAUCACAAACAACCCUUCUUCAUUUUUUUUUUUUGAAAUCCCUUUGACUACAUAUUUUUUUUCUUUCAAUUUUCUGAUUAAAUGGAGGCACAAAGUAAUAAACGCAGACGUGUAUACUCUUUGGAACCAAACAAAAUAGUGCAAACUAUAUUUGCAAGAAAGUAUUUAAGUUAUUUAGUUCCAGCAUUGAUGAAGAUAAAGGAAAAGAGUUCUACAAAAGAUAAGAACAACCAUAUUGAUGAUAUUAAGAAUGCUGUUAAGUAUGAAGUGGACAUGGCAAUGGUUUUAUCAGCUCAAGGUUUUGCAUGGAGUAAUGGUCUUAAAGUAAAGCUUCAAAAGAAUGAUGAGAAUGAGAAAAGAGAAGGAUCAUCAUCAAGAAUUUAUGACCAAAAUGAUUUAGCAAAAGAAGAUAAUGAAGAGGAUGAAAAGAUGAAGAGGUUGAAAAGGUUGAUACCUGGUGGAGAAGAGAUGUGUGAUGAACAAGUUGUUAAUGAGCUAGAAAGUUAUAUAAACUGUUUGCAAAUGCAGGUUAAUGUUCUACAAUGUCUUCUGGCAGAGACCUGUUGAUCGAUUUAUAAUUUUAUGUCUUCAUUUUUCAUUUCCACAAACUUAUAAACUAUGUUAAAUUCAAGAUAUGUUUGUCUAACAAACUAUGAUUUUUUUUUCUCUGCUGUUUUAAUUUGUUGCAACUAAAACAAGGAAAAGAAAAUCAGUUAUUUCCCCAA